UAGCAGAGGGUGCCAGGGAUAAGGGUGAACAAGGACAUGGUGGAGCAGAUGGUGCACAAAAUGGGAAGGGUACGGACACACGAAGUGCAAGCAUUGAGAAAGAUAAGAACAGUAGCCAUGGGGGUGGCGCUACCGGUUCCCGUGGCACAUCACCUGAUAUAUGGGAUGAAGAUCUGAGUGAGAAGGAUUUAUGGGGUAUAGGAAAGGUACCCCCCUCUGGAGAAUUAGGUGAUGUACCGGACGAUGCCGACUUAUGGGGAAUAGGAAAAGCAUCCUCAAAAGUGUCCACAACAACACCCUCCGCUACCACAAACGACGUGUCGAAAUCAUCGGACACCGCACCCUCCGAACCAACCUCGCAGCAAAGCACGUUAGAACCGUUGGACAUGACCAACGUGCCCAAAGAUGCCUAUAUCGAUAAAGACGAAGAAGUGUUACCCGAAAUCGAAUAUCUAGAAAACGAAGAGCCUGAUUUUGUGGAAGAAACCGAUCCGUCGUCAUCACACGACGGGGAUGACGAGGCAAACGCAAAUGGAAGCGCGUUGGACGACGCAACAUUGGACAAAGUGUUGGAGGAGGAGCAGUUGGACGACGUCAGCGACGAGGACGAUGAGGAGCACGACGGAGGAGAUGACGAGGCGGAACUGCAUACACCUGCGCACGGCGGCCAAUCCGACACGAACGAAUCCACCCCAUCCGGGCCGUCGCCAUUGGACCCGUCGAAAGCGGCCACGCAACAACAAACACAACACAACGCGGAUAGUAGUGUAACCCACAGCACACCAUCCACACCACCAUCAGCAUCACAAAAGCCACAACAACCGUUCACGGAUAAAAACGCGCAUGCGCUGCUCGCAGGAAAUACUAACAACACGAUAGACUUAAAGAAAACCACACAGCAAUUGACCCAACAGAUCCUCAGUACCAUACAAGGAGACACACAGUUCCUAGACACACUGAAAGAUUUGACCAAAGAUUUAAAAGGAGGAGGAUUGUCUCUCCGAGCAAACGCGUCGACCAAAGCGGCCGCGUGCACGACGGAUUCGACGAAGGAUUGUGCCGCGGGUAAGAACGAGGAGAGAUUGUCUCUCCGAGCAAACGCGGUCGAGUGUAACAAGGAUUCGACGAAGGAUUCUCCGAGAGCAAGAACGAGGAGAUUGUAUUUCCGAGCAAACUCGUCGAGCCACGCGGUCGAGUGUAACAACGAUUCGACGAAGUGGCCGAGUAAAGCGGUUCGCGGGAAGCAUCCACAGAAAGGGGGAUCACAGAGAGGGAUCUAG